CAAAAGUUUGACUCUCACAUGUUACAACACAAGCGCGAUUCAUAGGUUCCUCUGAGAAUUCAAAAAUCUUGAACUUGGCAUGUCUCUGUUCUGCUUCUGAUAAUCUGAUUCGCAAUGCUGCGGUAAAGACAAAGAGCGAUUGGUGAAUCGUCAGAGAUACUCACAAGAUAUUGUUGAAAUCUGUUGGCGAUGGAUUGCUCUGAUCCAGCAAGUAAAAAGGCAAAAGCUGAGGCAGGGUGUGCUAUUACAAGGAAGCCUCGGAUUCUACUUGGUGCUUGUGGAAGUGUUGGUGCUGUGAAAUUUGGGCAUGUUUGUCGUUGUUUUGCAGAAUGGGCAGAAGUAAGGGCGGUGGUCACAAAAUCAUCCUUGUGUUUUAUUGAUGAACAAACAUUUCCCAAGGAUGUUGUUGUAUUUUGUGAUAAGCAUGAGUGGCUUACAUGGAAAAAGCUAGGUGAUCCUGUGAUGCAUAUUGAGCUUCUUAGAUGGGCUGAAAUAAUGGUCAUUGCUCCAUUGUCAGCAAAUACUCUUGGCAAGAUAGCUGGAGGGUUGUGUGACAAUCUUCUGACAUGUAUUGUGAGAGCAUGGGACUACAGCAAGCCACUGUUUGUUGCACCAUCCAUGAACUCUAUUGUAUGGAGAAACCCUUUCACCGAACGGCAUUGCACCGAGAUUGAUGAGCUUGGCAUCACUCUCAUCCCUCCUGUUACACAUACAACAGCUAGUGGGGAUUUUGAGCAUGGCGCAAUGGCUGAACCUUCAACCAUUUCCUCGACUGUGAGAGUUUUUUAUGUGUUAAAGAUGCAGAAAAAGUAGUAGGUCAGGUUUAGCAAUUUUGAUCAUUAUUGUGCAAGUAUGGAUGGCUGUUGGUUAGCCAGGACCCUCCUUUGUCUUGGGUCCUUGUUUUAUCUUUUAUUAGUUGAUUUUUUUUAAUCGGCAAAUGGUAGUUGUUGGUUUUUUUAGAGAGGAAUUCAAAUUCAGAACCUCUUCUUUCCCCAGUUGAUCUAAUGUGAUCAUAUUUGAUUUGAUGAUA